UAGAGUGUACCGUGUAGUGCAAGCUUGUAGUAUAUCCAGGGCCUAGGACUACUAUACUAGGGCCAGGGGCCGGAGCGGCGCCGUUUAUUCGAACAUGAUUCGACGAGGAUUAACGCGAGGAAGAACAGCGCUACUUCAGAUCCACUUUUCGGAGUUGCUGAAUUAUUCCUAUAGACUGUGUAGGAAUAUGGCCCAAUACAGAGUGGAAAGGGAUACCUUUGGGGACAUAUCAGUACCUGCAGACAAGUACUAUGGAGCAAUGACAGCUCGCUCUCUUGCCAAUUUUGACAUUGGUGGGGAGACAGAACGCAUGCCUAUUCCUAUCAUAAAAUCAUUUGGGAUAUUGAAACGUUGUGCAGCCGAAGUCAACACUGAAUUUGGUUUGGAUGUGGAUAAGUCUAACUUUAUUACCAAAGCUGCAGAUGAGGUGAUUGCUGGUACAUUGAAUGAUCACUUCCCUUUAGUGAUUUGGCAAACAGGGUCUGGUACACAGACUAAUAUGAAUGUGAAUGAAGUAAUUAGCAAUAGAGCUAUCAUGAUGAUGGGUGGAGAACUAGGAAGUAAAACUCCUAUUCAUCCUAAUGAUGAUGUCAAUAAGAGCCAGAGUUCCAAUGAUACAUUCCCUACUGCCAUGCAUAUAGCGGUUGCAUUGGAGAUACAACAGAGGUUGAUGCCUGGUCUCUGUCUGUUCAGGGAUGCAUUAAGAAGUAAAGAAGAGGAAUUCAAGGAUAUUAUCAAGAUUGGCCGGACACAUACACAGGAUGCAACACCGAUGACAUUGGGUCAAGAAUUCAGUGGUUACAGAACACAGAUUGAGAAUGGUAUUGAGAGGGUUAAUGCAACCCUACCAAGACUGUAUGAAUUAGCAGCAGGAGGAACCGCAGUAGGUACAGGUUUGAAUACUAGGAUCGGAUUUGCUGAAAAGGUAGCAGCUAAAGUAGCUGAAUAUACACGAUUACCUUUCACAACUGCUCCCAACAAGUUUGAAGCAUUAGCUGCACAUGAUGCCUUAGUAGAAGUACAUGGUGCCCUGAAUGUUACUGCCUGUAGCAUUAUGAAGAUCGCCAAUGACAUCCGAUUCUUGGGUUCAGGGCCAAGGUGUGGUCUCGGUGAGCUGGUCUUACCUGAAAAUGAACCAGGAAGCAGCAUUAUGCCAGGGAAAGUAAACCCCACCCAAUGUGAGGCCAUCACCAUGGUAGCAGCUCAGGUCAUGGGUAACCAGACAGCAGUGACUGUCGGAGGAAGUAACGGCCAUUUUGAACUCAAUGUAUUCAAACCCAUGAUGGUUGCUAAUGUCUUACAAUCUGUGAGGCUUCUUGGAGAUUCCUGUGUGUCAUUCACCAAGAACUGUGUGAAUGGUAUCCAAGCUAACAGCGAGAAAAUUGACAGAUAUCUGCAUGAAUCACUGAUGUUGGUAACCGCUCUUAACCAGCACAUAGGCUAUGACAAAGCUGCCCAGAUAGCCAAGUAUGCUCAUCGGGAAGGAACCACAUUGAAGAAAGCAGCUGUAUCUUUGGGUCAUCUCACAGAAGAGAAGUUUGAUGAGAUAGUACGCCCAGAACUCAUGCUAGGUCCUAAAUGAAUGUAAACAAUGCAUUGCUGGGGUCAAGCAUUUGUCUCUCAAAAAUUUUGGAUUUUUUGUUGUUGUGAUAUUCUGCUUGCAUCUCAGUUAUCCCCAAAGACAAAGGCACUAUACCAUAUUGAAGAGAAUAAUACAAUGUAUUUUGUUGAUUACAGGGAUUGGGGCAGAUUGUAUAUUUUUGUCAGGAAAUGUAACAGACAUGUUAUGAUCAUCUUUGUUGCAGAUGUUGGUAGUUGUAGUUUUUUAUUGUGCAAAGUGUUGCCAGGUCCAAGGUGAAGAAAAUUGCGAAGGGCUCUUGAAAAAGCCACAAAUUGGACCCCCCCAAAAAUAAAAAUUUUUAAAAUCACAAUAUUAAAAAAAAAUCCCUAGUGAGGACUCUAAUUGUUAAAAAAAUUGUUUAUUUACUUGUUUAAAUAUGCUUGUUUUGUUCAACUUAUGGUAUACUCUACACUGACUACAAUAACGAUUAAAGAUAUAUACUCAUUAUGGAUAAAUCUAUAGGAACACACAUGACUCAACAGUGCUAUUCAGAGAAGCUAUUGUUGAACUUGUGAAGUGUUUUCUUUGUGACUAUGAAGUUAUCACCACAUUUGUGAUUUGUGAGGACAGUAGUUUUAACUGCUUUGGUUGCCAGCUGAUUUCUGUACUUGUUUUUGUCCAGGUCAUAUCUGAAGAUGAUACUCUCCUCUGCUGCAUUGGAGAUAGGGUAUGAUAGUGAUAAUGCCUUGUAUGAUGUUUCUCUGAUGAGUUCAUGUGUUGAAAAAUUAUAUUUGCAAGUUCUUGAGGAUCUUCUUGAAUUCCAUCUUUGAACCCCUCUUCUUCCUUCCAAAUGUGCAGUCUCACUUUUCUGCAGUGUUCCUCAGCCUGAGUGAUCUUUUUCACAAAGCAAGUCAUGGAUAUUUUCUUGAAAGUCAUUUUUUUAAAUAGGUCAUCCUCCUUCUGUUAUCACAGAAUGCCUCAUACAAUGACUUCUAGGCCUCUCUUUUCAAAUGGCAGUGACUAAAGUAGCCGGGAACCUCGCCUAGCAUGAAUCCGAUGUUGGAUGUCGAGGCAUCUAAUGCCCUCGAGAUCAAGUGAGUGGCACAUACUCCAGCAGUACAGUUAGGUGCUUCUACUCUUACUCUGCUCCAAAAUCUGUCAUGUUCUCCAGUCAUGUUGGUUGCUAUGUCUGAUGCUAGUCCCUUUUGGUAGUCUUCAAGAGACUUUUUGAGCAAGUUGAAGAACUACCUUCCUGAUGCUUUAAAUAUUUCUUCAGUUUCUCCUGGAAUCCUAAAAGUACAAUCCAUAGUUUCUUGUCUGUUCACAUAAGUACUGCACCAUGACAAAUUACAUUCUUGUUGGAUGAUCUGUACUCUCUGAAAACUGGUUUUCCUGAUAUAUCUUCCUUUGACUCUUCCUUAAUUGUCUGAGCAACAUUUUGUAUUGGUUAAGUGCAUUUUGUUGAAGUGAAAUUCAAGACUUGGUACUUCCAGAUGCAGUAUGACUUUUUAUCAUUACAGAAUAGUGGUCCUCUGAACUGCUUGCUGUGACAAGGGAAAGGGAUUUUAAAACCUACAUCUCCUCCUUUAGACUUGGUCUUGACAGGGAUUUUCCUGCCUCCGUCUUAAUUCAAGACUUGGGUUCUUUGAACCUCUGUCUUUCGUUUUGCUGUCAACGGGGAUAAGGCCUCUGUUAUUUGACAUGUUGUUACCAUCAACGGAUUUUAGGACCUCUGUUUUUGUGGUUUUUAUCCUGAAUGGGGACUUUUAUACCUCAGUUUCUAUGGAUCUUGUAAUUGGGGAAUCCUUUGAUCCAGCUUGGCUGGUAAUUGAUCUCUGAAGUGGACAAAGAAUUGUAGAAAAUAGCCAGGUGUAUUUUGAGAAAAUCUGGAGCGUAAGAGCCACAGACCUUACGGUUCUGGCGCCGGCAAAAGAAAGAGGAGGUGAGCUGCACGCAAGAGGUAUUUAUAGUAAGCUGGGUUUCCUCACCUUAUCAUGUGGGGCUCUAGUCUGCAUUGCAGACUCUUCUCCUUUUGUAGGAGAAAUUUGUUUUUGCCGACGCAUUCGAGUGUGGCGAUCGAAUGGCAUUUAAGGAAAUGGGCAAGUACUGUAUGGCGUAUCUGAAGUAGAUUUGUGAAUUGAAGACCAGCAUUAUUUUUCUAAGCUGAUAUUUUGCCUGGUGUCUCUUAAUGCUUCUUCAAGCAGGAGCGAUGAGUCUGCAGCUGCUUUCCUGCAAUACUUACAAGCAGGUUUUUUUUUUCUUAUCCCUUUUGUGUUCCAUGCAUUAGCCACUCCAAUACCCUUUCCCACGACACCAAAUACUUCCUUGCUUGUUCCUUAUUUUAUUGGCUUUAUUGGUAGGUGGUGUGGCCAUGAUUCCCUUUUCAAGUUGCCGAUUUUCUGAAUUUCGGAAACAUAGUUGGAGAUACAGGAAGAUACAGUUCUUUGUUUAAUUGCUAAGCUAUGUGUAUUGUAAUCCAGAAGACUCGACGAAUCAAAAAUAGGAAACAUGUUAGCCAUCCAUGCAUAUCUUCUUUUUGUGCUUUGAUUGCCCAACAACACAUAUUGACAUGUUUAUGGAUAUGAAACAGUCAAUGGCAUGCUAUUGUGUAUGUCACAUUAUAAGCAAUUGUUUCAUUCUUGGGAUCUGGCAGAAAAUAAUAAUGCUAGAAUUGAUUAACCAUGAGCAAAACGAUUGGAUGCUUGAAAUGGCAAUGCUGGAAUCACUUAUUGCGACAUGAAUGAUUCAUUGUGUAAAUUUGAUGUUUGAUAAGUUCUACCAAAAAGGGAGACAAAUAAGAAGGGAAAAUAUUGACUAAAUUGUAAUUAAAAAUAUUUGCGCUAAUUCUAUUUCUUUUUCAUUUGAAUAUUUUGUAAUGUAAUUGCAUACAUGUUUUGAUCAUUCAAAACAAAAUAUUUUGAAACAUGGUCGUUACCUCAGUGCAAUAAGAUCAUCUUGAGUGAAAUACUGUACCAGUAGUUUUGUAUUUUUUAAUGACAAACAUGCCAUCAUGUUCCUGAACAGCAUUUUUAAGUAUUUGACCGGUACCUUCAUUGAAAUGUCAAAAGCUUAUAUCAUGACAUGAACAAUACCUUGUGCUUUUUACAAUUUCAUCGCAUUAUUAGUAAUUCAAUUCAUCAUCGUAAAUUUUGCAUUUAUUGACCAGUAUUUAAUAUAAAUCAUAGGUACCGUAUGGGUACUAGUAUUCAACCCGGCAUAAUUCAAAGAUUUUGACAUAUUCCCCAAAAUAUUUAGAAAUAGGGAAUUUAUCUUAAUUUCAUACCUUUGUUAUUUCCAGGGUAAUCUGUUGUCGAUAUUUUCUUUGUCAAUCUGUUGACUGUAUGCGCGGAGGAUCGAAUUAUGCGGCGAUUGCCUUUUGCACUGAAUGGUACUAGUAUUCAACCUAGUGAGGAUUGAUAGCAAAUCUCAAAAGGGUUUAGAAUGCUAAAUUAGAUCUAGAUCUAUGUAAGUCUCUGGCUUUGAUUAAUUCCCUGUUUGGUCUCAUCUCAAAUGGUCUAGUCCAUAGUCGGAUGGGACAAGGGCAGAUUGAGAGACAGGGCCAUCUUUCAUCGCUAGGUUGAAUACUAGUGCCGACGGGUUGAAUACUAGUACCAAAAUCCGUCGCCGUAUAAUUCGAUCGCCCGCGCAAACAGUCAACUGGUUGAAGAAAAAAAUAACGGAAAAAGAAUAACCAGCAUUUGCUCUUGGAAAUAAGACGGGUCUGAAAUUCAGGUAAAUUCUAUAUUUCUAUAUAUUUGAGGAAACUCUCCAAAUGGGUUGAAUACUAGUGCCCUUACGGUAGUAAACAAUUGUGAGAGUUAAAAUAUGGGUCUGUUGUUCCAUCCAUCUGCUUUUUAUACUCAAGAUUUUCAUCUUGUCAGAGAUGUGAUUUGGAAUGAGUUCACAUUGUGUGGAUGAUGGCUUGAUUUCAAGUCACACUUACUAUUUGUUAUGAUAGUCCUCUACCUACAGGCCAGUAACGUAAGUAACAUAACAUUAACGGCAUUAAAAAUACCUUGGCUACCCCUUGCUAAACCAAAGAUUUAGAACUAUUCUUUAGAUUAAAUAUUAGUAUUUUAUGAAGCAGUUUGUAAGUCAUGCACAGCUUUAUGCAUUACAAUGUGUGAAAUAAGGUUCCCCAAUUUUUCCUUGGUGUUUCAACACAGUGGGAUUGAAACAACAUUCAGGACUAGUACUGGAAUUCAGCUAAUCACCAACCGUUUUUGCAAGUUUUUGGUGCUUUUCUGAACCCUUUCUUUUACAGUACUUGGUUUCUGAAUUCUGAAUAUCAGUUUUGGGUUGUUUUUUUUACUUUCUGCUCCAGGAUGUACCACAAUGCUCGCAAAUAUUUCUUGCUUCCCCCUCAACCACCUCCGCCGUUUUUUCAUUCUAUCAAGUGCUGUUUUGUUAUUUAUUUUAAUAUGCUAAUAUUUGCAGACAUGAUAGAGGAAAUAUUCAGCUUUCAAAUGAUACCAUUGUCAUUGAACCCAAUGAAAUUUGAAAAGUGUAACAAAACCACCUUUUUAUGUGGCAAGUUCAAGACACAUGGCCACCGAUGAUUUAACACAGAACGGUUUAUAGAAAGUCGUGCAUUACUAACAGCAAAAUAUGAUAGAACACCCACUUGUUCAGAAUAUUGCAGUUGUCUGAGAGUUAUUUUUAUAGAAAGUGUAUUGGGCAAGAGCCAGGUGGAUUGUAUUUACAAUCUUUUAGCUGAAAUCAAAUUAGAAAAAAAAAAAUUAUUUAUUGGUGUAACUGUGACAAGAUAGGUUCAGGUUAUUUGAGAAAUUGACAAUUUCACAAGUUGUACAAGUAUUUUGAAUACUAUUUUUGUGUAUUGUUUAAGUCUUUACUCAUGCAUGUGCUGUGCAAGAGGCUGAAUAAAAACAUGCAAUGUA